GCUGAUUGGGCAAAUAGUGCUAUGGCAACUAUUUUUCUUCUCAUUUGAAAAUGUCAGAAAUUGAUGACGAUGACGAAUUUGCAAAUGCCUAUUCACUUUUCCGUGCACUGGAGGAGAAAGGAAAGUACAUAGGACGAACCAAUAUAUUGCAAUCAGUAAUAUUGGUUGGCAAAAUAUCACCCCAUAUUACGGACCAUCUGGCUAUCGGAAAGUACUACGAUAGUCUUGCACACAGCUUUUCUUCUCCAGAUCAUAUCACUGGCCUCUUGAUGAUAUAUCCUUAUCAUGUCAUUCACAUAAUUGAGUCGAGCUUCAGAACUUUGUUAAAAAUUUUCAGAGCAAUUGACAAGUCAGAUAAAAUCAUCGAAUGGUACAUGGAGUCACACACAGAACGAAUAAAUUUAAACUUAAGUGAGGAAGAAGACAGAAAACCUUUCUCUGGUUUUGAUAGGCAGACCAUACAAGAAAUGUGCAGAAAAUAUGCACUGGCACCAACGAUACAUAAUCGGAUACUAUGUUCACUAGAUAAUGUUGUUCAUCGAAUAUUUCGCACAUAUGAGGUUUUGGUACUGGAUAUGGAAGCCACUGUUAUAUCUGACUACGAUUCUAAUGAAACUGACGAAAAAAAGCUGCUUGACCUACUUAGCCAGGUGACAAGGUUAAGUGUUCAUCUCGCGGAAGAACCGAUGAAAGGUCAAGAAGAAUAUGUUCCUGAAAUUUUUAGAAGGAAAUUGGCCGAAAUUUUAGGCAAUAUUCGUCAAGUGCACCCUGAGCUGAUUCCACAACAAGCGGUCGUUGGCUACUUUGCAGACGUGUCUUCAUACGAAGGAUUAAUAUCAAUCAAGGAAUAUAUGAACAUCUACGACCUACCGUACGAAACUUCAUUACAAUCUGAGCUUGCAUGGCCAGUUCAAAAGAACUCAUUCUUUUAUACCUGAAGACAAUCAAAAUUAAAACUAUCCACUUAGUUACUGGAAAAAAGUGAUUGGAGCUUCUGAAACCCUUCUGUAAAACUUUUGGCACAUCAACGAUUAUACAAUAAACUGUAGUUUUGUUCAUUUAGGUGUUAUUUAACAACCUAAAAAUACAAAUGCAUCCUUUAAAAAUGUUUGUGUUUGAUUUGAAAAGCCUCAGCUGAUUUCUAGAAAGCCACUGGUCAGUGUUUCUUCCGUUGCAACUGGAACGCAGUACACAUCAACACUAGCAGAGAGUUAUGACUCCUUUUUCAAGACGACCACAUAUCAGAAGGUAGACAAACAUCCACCUUGAAUUCAGUUUUAGCAAUGUCAGAGUCAACAUCAUAAAAAUUUCAUCUCAAGACCACGCACGUUAAUUAAUCCACUGGUGAAAAAGCCUAAUUUUGGACUGUAAAAAGGUAUCUAGUCACGUCCUUCGCAAUGAAUCCUAUUCGAUAACCAUAAAUCCAUAUAUUACAAUCCAGGAAUUAAAACACGAAAAGCGUCAGCCUUUGACCUGGCCAAAAUAGUAUGUUGGCCCAUGUUUUAACAACAUCAAGCAAUGCAUAGCAGUUAUUAGCAAAGAAACAGCCCGAAAUCUAUGAGGGACAAUGAUUGCGUGCAAGCUAAACGUAUCUAACAGCACCGACAAAUAUUCCAAAUGUAUGUUAUUUCUAUUCAAAAUGUAAUUUACUUUUGAUUCACAUGUCGAAUAUAUACAUAAGACACUUUUCUAACUAAAUUUACAUCGAUGUGAUUUGAAUUGCAGUGCACUAAAAUAUUCACCGUCAACAUUUUGAAUGGAUAUACUAAUACUGAAGAUGGUUCAAGGUGAUGAAUCUCCUCACAAAUUUUGUAAUUCUGUCAAGAGGUCAGUGAAACAUGGAUAGUGAAACUAUUAGAUCUUAUAAGUGUGCCAAUAAUGAGUUUAUGUGAGUCAAUGCCAAAGGAGUCUUUACACUCCGAAAAACCUUCAGUAACCUAAAUUCCAUAAUUUAGGUGCAUUUCUUCUAAUGUCGGUUCAUUUCUGCGUGUAUUUUUUUUUUGUGG